GUCUCCGGUGGCAGCAUGUGAUGUGAGGGCAAAGGUCAGGAGCAGGCACCUACCCUAGCCCAUUGCUGCUUUGCCGUUCAGCCUCCCCAGGCCUUUUGCGGGCCCUCACGCCGCUAGCUCCCAGCUGGCCCCCGUAGGUGCAGAAGGAUGACGGACUGCUACCGCCCCCCUGGGAACGAGACUCUGCUGAGCUCCACGGCCUCACGGGCCACAGGCACCGCCUUUCUGCUGCUGGCAGCGCUGCUGGGGCUACCCGGCAAUGGUUUUGUAGUGUGGAGCUUGGCGUGCUGGCGGCCUGCUCGGGGGCGACCACUGGCGGCCACUCUCGUGCUGCACCUGGCGCUGGCCGAUGGUGCGGUGCUGCUGCUCACACCGCUUUUUGUGGCCUUUCUGGUCAGGCAGGCGUGGCCGCUGGGCCAGGCGGGCUGCAAGGUCGUGUACUAUGUGUGCGCGCUCAGCAUGUACGCCAGCGUCUUGCUCACCAGCCUGCUGAGCCUGCAGCGCUGCCUCGCCGUCACCCGCCCUUUCCUGGCGCCCCGGCUGCGUAGCCCGGCCCUGGCCCGCCACCUGCUGCUUGCAGUCUGGCUGACCGCUCUGUUGCUCGCCGUCCCAGCCGCCGUCUACCGUCACCUCUGGGGGGACAGCCUGUGCCAGCUGUGCCACCCGUCGCGGGCCCACACCGCCAUCCACCUGAGCCUGGAGACUCUGACCGCUUUUGUACUGCCCUUCGGGAUGGUGCUCGGCUGCUACAGCGUGACGCUGGCGCGACUGCGGGGCGCCCGUUGGGGCUCUGGGCGGCAGGGCACGCGGGUGGGCCGGCUGGUGAGCGCCAUCGUGCUCGCCUUCGGUUUGCUCUGGGCCCCCUACCAUGUGGUCAACGUUGUGCAGGCGGUGGCCGCGCUGGCUCCACCCGAAGGGGCCCUGGCGAAGCUGGGCGGCGCAGGCCAGGCAGCACGAGCUGGAACUACAGCUUUGGCCUUCUUCAGCUCCAGCAUCAACCCGGUGCUCUACCUGUUCACUGCAGGGGAUCUGCUGCCCCGCGCAGGCCCCGGCUUUCUCACACGGCUCUUUGAGGGCUCUGGAGAGGCCCGAGGAGGUCGCUCUAGGGAGGGGACCUUGGAGCUCCGAACUACCUCUAGACUCAAAGUGGUGGGGCAGGUUCGGGGCAAUGGCGACCCAGGGGGCGGGGCAGCAAAGGAGGGUCAGGAGGGGGAUCCUUGACACCAAGCCCUGUUCUGCCUUAUCCCCUUUCAUCACCCCUCAGAACUCAGAGAACCACUCCUGAGCAUUUGGGAACCCUCUGACUAGUUUGGAUCUGUUGAGGCAGAGCUGUUAUGUGCCUGGAGCAGGCCCAAUUUCCUCCAAACUGAGGGAUUGUGUGGGGUGAGGGUUCAUGUUAAUGAAUGUUGGGCACUUGCAGGUUGGCAUGUGCCCAUGUGCCAGCACUACUAACUUGUUGCCAGUACACAUUGUGAAAGACGUCGUGCAGCCAUUACGCCAUGGCUGAAGCGUGUUCUGCCUGGUGGUUCAGCAUGCCUGAAUUUCAGGGGAGCCACCUGGUUUCCCUGCUGGGGCAGGCCAAGUCUGGGCAUGACUAGCCUUCUGUGGCAUCUUGACCUGUCCUUUCCAGCCCAGGUGGCCUGGUUCCCUCAGGCCAGCCCAUCCAACCACUCUGUAAAUAAAGGGAGAAAGGAAGGAGAGGUGUGCACUUGCAUGUAGGGUGGGGAUGGGAUCCGUCCUCUGUGGUCUGGAAGAGCCAAGUGGGAGGAAGCUGGCUCUGGAAGGUGAAAGUCAGUCUACGGAGUUUGAAAGGGAAGUUUUCUGUCUGUCUGUCUGUAAUGUGUUUGGCCCAGCGAGGGAGGGGCCCUGGGGGGUCUGAGACUCAUCUUCUUCUCUGAGGCCAACUCUCCCCUCAAAGGUCACCCAACUCAAAAGGGAGCCCAGGAGCAGGCCCUCGCUCUCCCAGAGGGUAUCUGCGGUUGGACGGGAGGCAGUAUGAGGAAUGGUGUGGGAAUCUGGAGGCAGAAAGAACUUUUCAGGGCGGUGCCACCUCUCCUUUCUCCUGUUUCUCUCUGCCAAGUCUUGGCUCUUCCCAAGACUGCUGGCUGUUCCUUACCUGCUAGAACUUCCCAGUACUCCCCAGCCCCCAUCGUUUGGAAUCUCUUUAUAUCUAGGCCUCAAAGUUACUCUGGAUCCUGACAGUUUUGAGUGUUGGGAGUCAAGAUGGGAUUCCUUUUGGGGGACAUUGCUGUGUACACACAUGUGGUCACUAGGGUGACCAACCCGACCUGGUUGGCCCAGGACUUUCCCAGUUUUAGCAGUGGAAGCUGCUAAAAUUUAGCUCUUAUUCCAGACCCCUCAGUCUCUGGCAAACCUAGAUGUCGGUUAUCUGAGUUCUGGGCAAUCUGACCACUACCCCAGGUCCUGCUUUAGUGACUGUUCACACCACCUAGGCAGAGGCCAAGAGAGAGCAAAGGAAACCCAGUCCUCAGGGUCAGGGUCACACCAGGGCCACCAAAACAGGUUGGGGGUGGAGCUUUGGGCUUGAGGGCAGGUAUGUGCAGAGUGUCUAGCCCAGGUUGGAGGAAGAAAGGCCACUGGCAGAGAUGUGGGGGGGAAGCAGCUCAGGAGAGGAAGAAAGACAGUUUCAUUUGUGUCAGAAGGAAGGGGUCUCUGAUUGACCCCAGAGCUUUGAGUCAGAGCUUCUAUACUGAUACAUCGACUGUCUUCAUGCACUGGGGGAGAGGAUCGCCAACUUCCUCUGUUACAUAUUCCCUGUCUCACACGCUGUCUGUGGUCAGAAAGUCCUUUCUCAACCCUGCCUGCUUGCUGUGGUUUCAGACCAUUUCUUUUCAUCAUAUCCUCUACCUGACAGCUGCUGGGUGAACUCUGCUUUGGCUUUUCUCAAAGAAGAGAAAGUGGGAGGCACCAUUACACUGCAAAUUUCCGGAGAGUGGGAGAGUUGGAAGGGAAGCAGGAGGUCAGACUGAAGGAAAAACUUUCCAGCUCUUAGCUCCUGCAGGAGAGUUCAAGGAAAGGAGGAAAGGGGAGAGUGAUCCUUUUUGGGGGGCUGUUUCCUUUUCCACAGCCCUGGUUUCCGGUCUUGGCAGGGCAGGUAUCACUGCCCCCAUCCCCUCGUUCCUGUUCCCCAUGCUCAGCAUCUAUUUCCUGUGUGUGUUGAAGGUGGGACUGGACAGUAGGCUGUGGGAAGGCAGGAACAAGGUGGUACUGACCUCCUUGUCCAGUGCCCAGAUCUUAAAUCCAAACUCAUGUGUCAGGGUAACCAUGUGGGCAAGCACAGGGCAAGCGGUUAGGGGAAGGGGAAGAAAUUGACAUUCUGUGUGAUGGGAAGGAGACCCUUUGGACUUUGGCUUCUACCAAGAGAAGGGAAAAUUGAUUAACCUAGGAUGGAACCAACCCUCUUAAAUGAGGGGAGGGCCUGGGUUGCUAGAAGAUGGACUUCUCCCCUCAACUCCACUCAUACUUGAACUUACAGCAAGGACAACUUGCUGACCUCUUUAAGUCAUUUCAUAACCCAAACCUCAAACCUAACCACAGUUCUAACCUACGUUUACUAUUAAUCUAAAAAUCUACUUGUUCACCCAAAAUCUACUCAACAUUCUGCCCUCGAAUUCUGAACCCAUUUCCUCUCUCUGGCUUCCCUCCCUCCUCCUCCCAUAUGACACAGUUUAUUACAGUGUUCAGUUAUCCAGUCUAGACCUGCAUAUGAGGCCACACCCCAGCCUACUCACUCCUACACCCUUUUCUCUCUCACUGCCCCUUCUAGGGCUCUUCUCUUCUGGUCCCUCCCCUGAGGGUCCUCCUCUCUGCUGGCCUCUUUGGAACACAAAGAAUAUCCCUCCUUCUAGUGAAGGGAGCGGGACAGGAGUUUCAGCCCCACCCUCAGGAUGCAUCUUCCCCCUCCCCUGUGCUGUGGUACUUCCUCUCUGGCUGACUUAGCUGACAGCAUCCAGACCUGGAGCCAGGCCCCCAGCACUGAGACAGAGCUGGGGAUAGGCUACACCACUCUGCCCUGACCCUGCGAUUGGCACCAGCGUCCGACCAGUGCCCAGCAAAGCCUAUCCUUGCCAUGGCCACGAACACUACAUCUCCUGCAGCACCUUCCUCACCAGGCGUCGUGUUCAUCUCUCUGCUGGCUAUCAUCCUA